AUGCUGCAGAACAACCUCCUGAGAAACAUCAGUCAAGGCCAAAUAUGCAAAGCGAUCGGUGUGAAAGUUGUGACCUCCAAUGAGAUUAUUCUCUUGGCUAAGGCCGCAGGUUACGACUCUGUCUUUAUCGACCUAGAGCAUUCAGUCCUGACACUUGAGGACAUGGGUAGGCUAUGCUCUACAUCCUUACUAUCCGGAAUUACACCAUUUGUGCGCGUGCCACGCGAAUGCGGGCGUGGGUUUGUGCAAAGAGUUCUGGAUGGGGGAGCGAUGGGUAUUGUAUUCCCGCAUAUCAGCACUGUUGAAGAAGCACAGUUGGCCGUGUCUAUGACUAAGUACCCUCCUAGAGGUCAACGUUCCCUCACGGCAGCCUUGCCGCAGUAUGAUUUUCAAAGGGUGUCCGCGAAGGAUCUUAUCCCGCAGCUUAACAGUAUAGGGUCUACUGUGAUAAUCCAAGUCGAGACCAAGACCUGCUUAGAGAACAUCGAUGCCAUCGCGGCUGUCGAAGGUGUUGAGGUCUUACUUCUCGGCGCUAACGACCUAUCUUUGGAGCUUGGUAUACUGGGCGAAUGGGAGCACUCGCUGUUUCAUAAUGCACUUGACACAAUCGCGGCAGCGGUAAGAAAGGGGGGCAAGAUAUUUGGUAUUGCGGGACUAUACUCGCGACCUGAUAUAUCAAAGCAUGCGGUGCAAGUGUUAGGUGCUAAGUACGUUUUAGGCCAUCUCGACAUAGGUCUUUUGGCUGUUGCCAUGAAUAAGAACGUGGAGCAGCUAAGCGCAUUAGACAAAUGA